AUAUACCCAAUAACUAAACCCAGGGGAGGACUCUGGACUCUCACUAGCUCCACUCAAAACUUCCCAUGGCUACUCCUCUGCUGCUCAGGGGCAUCCCGCUCCUGCGCCUUCGGCUGGCCGCCACUCUCCUUGCCCCGCCACGACAAACUAUAUGUUCAGCCACUGCCUCCGAGCCGGCUCAUCCGGACGAGAAUGUAGUUUCUGAGGACAAAACCAGUGCAGCAGUCUUGAGCAUGAAGGACCCUCCCAAGUACAACAGGGGGAACGAUCCUGAUUACAGGAAGUGGAAAGAUAAAGAGGGGGAGAUUCUACGUGAUAUCGAGCCUAUUAUGUUUCUUACCAAAGAGAUCAUUCACUCCGACAGGUACAUGGAUGGAGAACGUCUAACAGCAGAAGAUGAGAGAGCCGUGGUAGAAAAGCUUCUUGCUUAUCAUCCACAUUCUGAAGAUAAAAUUGGAUGUGGUGUUGAUUCCAUUAUGGUUGAUCGACAUCCUCAAUACAGACAUUCAAGGUGCUUGUUUGUUGUUAGAACUGAUGGUGGAUGGAUAGAUUUCUCCUACCAGAAGUGUCUUCGAGCAUACAUUCGAGAUAAGUAUCCAUCCUAUGCAGAAAGAUUUAUUCGAGAACAUUUUAAACGUGGCAGUGGUUGAUGGUUCUUAAUCCUGGUGCUGAUAACAGUCUUCAACUAUGAUUUUGGUGCCACUGUAGAUUGAUCUGUACUAAAAGAUCUGAAAAUUUCAUCUGACUGGGGAAAGGGUCCAUGUUAUGGGUAACCUACAUACAUUAUAUAGCCUAGAUCUACAGAUUGUCAAUGUAGUAGAUAAAUUUUGUCUGGCACUUGAAGUUUUGGACAAAGAGAAUCGUUGAAAUGAACACCACUUUGUUGACUUGGAGCUGCGAUUUUGUUGGGUUUGCCUAUAUGCUGCUCAUUUGGUCCUGAGAGUCUAAUUUCUAUAAUUUUUUGUAGGGAUUCUCAGAUAAACUAUAUUUGUGAAACGUUUGUUUGACCGCAGGACGGUUCAAUUUUAGUCCUGGAUUAGAAAUUGAUUGUGGCUGACACAUUGCAUA